GACCGAAUAGUUACACGGGGGAAGAUGUGGCUGAGUUCCACAUACAUGGUGGCAUAUCAAUUAUAAGUGGUGUUUUAGCUGCGCUUGGUUCUAUUGAGGGCUUUAGGCAUGCAGAGAGAGGCGAAUUCACUCGCAGAGCAUUUGACAAUGACAAACUUGAUUUAACAGAAAUCGAAGGGCUUACCGACUUGUUGAAUGCCGAAACUGAAGUACAGAGGCGACAAGCUCUUAGACAGGCUCAAGGAAGUCUAAAAAAUUUGUAUGAAACUUGGAGGAAACAAUUAAUCGAGAAUACAGCAUUAAUAGAGGCUGUAAUCGAUUUCAGUGAAGAUGAAAACAUUGAAGAUGGAGUUGUUGAACAAGGCAAGACUUAUUUUUGA